ACAAAACGAAUCAAAUGGUAGAGGAUUGAGAGAGUGCGGUGUUGGUUGAAUCAAAUCAAACAUGUCAAAGCUUAGUGCUUGAUCCUCAACAUUGCGAUUCAGACACACACAGAGAAUGGCCUUGGUCCGAAGAGUCCCUCAAUUUGUGGGGUUGGCCAACAGAAACAGGAACAUGUCCUUCAAGUCUUUGGAUCCCCCUUCCUCCCUCACCCACGGAAUCCACGUCUUCCAUUGCCCUGAUGCGGUUGGAAUUGUAGCCAAGCUAUCGGACUGUAUUGCCUCUAGAGGUGGAAACAUUCUUGCCGCUGAUGUUUUUGUUCCGGAAAAUAAACAAGUCUUCUACUCAAGAAGUGAUUUUGUUUUUGAUCCUGUUAAAUGGCCACGGGUGCAAAUGGAGGAGGACUUCCUAAAGCUUUCACAAACAUUCAAUGCAAUAAGAUCUGUUGUAAGGGUGCCAGCUCUGGAUCCUAAAUAUAAGAUAGCAGUUCUGGCAUCAAAGCAGGACCACUGCCUUGUUGAUUUAUUGCAUGGAUGGCAGGAUGGAAGACUUCCGGUGGAUAUCACUUGUGUAAUUAGUAACCAUCAUAGAGGUUCAAACACCCAUGUGAUUCGUUUUCUUGAAAGGCAUGACAUUCCUUAUCAUUAUUUAUGCACAACUAAAGAAAAUAAAAGAGAAGGGGAGAUAUUGCAGCUGGUUCAGAAUACUGAUUUUUUAGUACUAGCGAGGUAUAUGCAGAUACUAUCCGGAAACUUUUUAAGGAGCUAUGGGAACGAUGUAAUUAACAUUCACCAUGGUCUGUUGCCAUCAUUCAAGGGUGGUAAUCCAUCUAGACAGGCCUUUGAGGCAGGUGUUAAAUUAAUUGGUGCAACGAGUCACUUUGUGACUGAGGAACUUGAUGGCGGACCUAUAAUUGAACAAAUGGUUGAGAGAGUUUCCCACAGAGAUAAUUUGCAGAGCUUUGUGCAGAAAUCAGAAAACCUUGAGAAACAAUGUCUUUCUAAGGCUAUCCGAUCUUAUUGUGAACUCAGAGUGUUACCUUAUGAAGAAAAGAAAACUGUUUUAUUUUGAGGGAACAGCACAUAACCAAAAUAUAGUGCACCAAAAUGGGGUGCAUAAGUGCAUUUGUAUUUGUAUUCAUCAUUUACUUGGAAAAUUUGAAUAAUACCUCACUUUAGUUGUAAAAUAUGAGCACAAAAAGAAGAUUGAGCUUGAUUCUUUG